AUGGAUCGGCUGCCAAACCUUGAAGGCCGUCGGCCACACCGGCAAGCAUCUGCCAAGUACAAAAUCGGACAGCUGUACAUGAUCAGCAAGCACAGCCACGAACAGAGCGACCGAGGAGAAGGGGUGGAGGUCGUCCAGAACGAGCCCUUCGAGGACCCUCACCAUGGGAACGGGCAGUUCACGGAGAAGCGCGUGUAUCUCAACAGCAAACUGCCUAGUUGGGCUAGAGCUGUUGUUCCCAAGAUAUUUUAUGUUACAGAGAAGGCAUGGAACUAUUAUCCCUACACGAUUACAGAAUACACAUGUUCCUUUCUGCCAAAAUUCUCCAUUCAUAUAGAAACCAAGUAUGAGGACAACAAAGGAAGCAACAACAGCAUUUUUGACAAUGAAGCCAAAGAUCUGGAGAGAGAAGUCUGCUUUAUCGAUAUUGCCUGCGAUGAAAUUCCAGAACGUUACUACAAAGAAUCUGAGGAUCCUAAACACUUCAAGUCAGAGAAGACGGGACGGGGCCAGUUAAGGGAAGGCUGGAGAGAUAGUCAUCAGCCCAUCAUGUGUUCCUACAAGCUGGUGACCGUGAAGUUCGAGGUCUGGGGGCUUCAGACCAGAGUGGAACAAUUUGUACACAAGGUGGUCCGAGAUAUUCUUCUGAUUGGACAUAGACAGGCUUUUGCAUGGGUUGAUGAGUGGUAUGAUAUGACAAUGGAUGAUGUUCGGGAAUACGAGAAAAACAUGCAUGAACAAACCAACAUAAAAGUUUGCAAUCAGCAUUCCUCCACUGUGGAUGACAUAGAGAGCCAGGCCCAAACAAGUACAUGACAAUGGAUGAAGUCCGAGAAUUUGAACGAGCCACUCAGGAAGCCACCAACAAGAAAAUUGGCGUUUUCCCACCUGCCAUUUCUAUCUCCAGCAUUCCACUGCUGCCUUCCUCAGUCCGCAGUGCCCC